GCAAAGCGCGGGCGCUUAUGGUUUGCGAGGAUUGCGAAAGAUGCCGCGUCGAAUCCCAAUCACUUCCCAUUCUCGCCAAAUUCGAUAGAUAAUUGCUCUCCGGAUAUCAUGGUGCUUGAUUUUUGUGGUUUUUUAGGGUUCUUGUGAACCAAGAGACCAUCGCUGUGGUGAAGGAAUUGGGAAAAGAUGACUUGGAGUGUUGUUCAUGAUGGAGAUGGAUUUCCUAGAGUUAUACUGACUGAUGGCGGAGGAUCCUCUGCUGAGGUUCUGCUUUAUGGUGGACAGGUUGUGUCAUGGAAAAAUGAACGUCGAGAGGAAUUGCUUUUUACUAGCAGCAAGACUUCCGUCAGACCACAAAAAGAUGUUAGAGGUGGAAUACCUAUCUUCUUUCCCCAGUAUGGAAGUUUCAAGUCUCUAGAUCUUUCUGGAUUUGCAAGGAAUAGAUUAUGGGCUUUGGACAGUUCCCCAGCACCGCUUCCCUCCUCUCCAAAAAAUCAUUCUUCUGUGCUUUUGAUCUCUCAUUUCUGGCGGUCUGCUAAAGCUCGAGGAUGGAAAUCUAGUCUCAUGCAGUGUGCUGCAGCUGCUUCAGCCUGUCCUACUAUAGAAAUAGAAAAAUGA